UUUUUUUUUUUUCUUUUUUCUGAUUCUGAUCAAGCUUUCGCGCAAGUAGUAGCUCGGUCCAAGAUUCACCACGAUGGACGCCUCUGCCACCGCCGACCAGCGGUCCUGGUCGACAAGGGUUCAGGCCGCCAGUGGAGACCUCGCGCUCAAUGACUGUCAGAUUGAUGAUGCAGCGGCACAGCAGAUUGCUGCCGCGCUUCAAACAAACACCACUCUGACCGCGCUCUUCUUGGAGAGAAAUGCCAUUUCCGAUACUGGCGCUCGCGCGAUCGCCAACGCGCUCGUACCCAACACAACGCUUUCCGUUCUCAGUUUGAGUGAGAAUCAGAUUCGCGAGGACGGCACUCGUGCCUUUGUUGAGCUGUUGCGGACAAACACUACUUUGACCAGCCUCAAUUUGGACGGAAAUCCGAUCGGCCAAGCUGGUCAAGAAGCCAUCGACGGGAUUGCCAGCUCAACGUGCACCGUCUCUUCUGCCACUCGAGCGGCAUCUCCCGGAUUUAUCCGCUAUUCGGCCGCAGAGUUGCUGGCUAUUGGCGAACAUUUCGGAGGCGUUUAUGCAUCAGUGCCAGUAAACCGCUCCGCGCAGGGACAACGCCAGGACUCGUCUCAUCCUGUAAACCAGCCCACGCCGCCUCCUCAGCUUAACAUGAAGUUUUAUUGCGACAUCUCGGCAUUAUCUCGCCCGCCGCAGCUCCAGCCAAGCUUUCACCACUCACAACAGCCGCACCAACCGGCUCAAGCACAGCAUGCGCAGCAAAAUGCGCGCAAGAAUGACAAAUCGUUGACCCGAGUGCGCAAAAUCAGCUCGUCAGGCAGCCCAACCCACAGCGACGCGCCUUUAGGCGGCCUGUUGGACGCUUCGAAAGCCGCACCAAUCUCGGCUCACCAUCCAGCCAGCGCGAGCGACGAAUCGUCGGAUGCAGGGACGGCCAAACAGGCACGAGGGCGCAAGGGCAGCGCUUCGUCCGCUACCAAAGCCACUCAUGUUGCUGAGACUAGCGGUGAAGAAGGAGGCUCGGCGUUUGAGCAGCUGAUUCUCAAGUCUCUUUCCAAACAACCGCACUCCGAGCCCGCACAACGAGCAGGCGCGAGCAAACCAACAACAGCAACGACCGACGAUGCUUUAACGAAGCCGCUUCGCACGUUGACUCUGGCAGAAAUUGAGCAAGGCUUGACGACCAGCUCUGCGCCAGAAGGCGAGCAGGAUGACGCUGAUGCCUCCGCUGGUGCUAGUCAUCAACGUCCUCGACCCGCGCCCUUGCUUGGUCUUCAGAACAACUCACAGUCUACCGCGUCGAUUGCAGCGGCGAAAAGCACGCUUUCACCGAACGCUCUGCGGCGGACUGGUCGCGGCUCGGAAAAGUUUGCUCCGCGCUGGAAGACAGAUUCCAGUGGGCCGACACCCGAGAUCAAUGCGACCUCAAUCUUGUCACCGGCGUCGCAUUCGCUGUCCGCACCGUCAUCACAAAUGUCCGACGGCACACCCGGCCGGCCACCCGUCCAACGAGACUUGUUUGGCGCGACGGCGGGAAGUGGUGAUCACCGAGCCAAUGGCGGCCGCGGCAUUGCGGAUUCCGGCUACACGGUCCCAUCUCGUCGCGAUGUGUCUGCGCGAAGAACCUCUGCCGACCACAACUCUGCCCCAGCGUCGCGCGGCUUGCGUGGCAACGCACCUCCGUCUGGUGACGGUUACCACAGGAAGGGCGAGUAUUUCGACCAGUCUGCGUUCCGAAGCAAUCCCGGCACCGCUGGCUCUGGCGAAGAUUUCGUCCCAGAGUGGAUGGACGAUAUGGAUGUCAAAUCUGCGACCGAUUUCGAAUUCCGCUCGUUGGAAGAGGUGGAUCGUGCGCCAAGGUACCGCGAGCCGCGCUCUGCGCGCACUCGCACCACGAGCCGAUCCGUGGCCCACGAUGACUUUGAUCCCAACGCAACGGGCCGGUUUGACGCCGAGGACGAUGCUCCCGCUGACAGCGAGCUGCUCUCGCGUUAUUCUGGGGAAGGCGCGCUGGAGGCCAUUCUCGAUCCCCAUUCGCCCCCGCGCAAAAGCACUGCGGCCGAGGCAGUCUUUACUGUCGAGUUUGAGCCGAAUGUGCGUGUUCACCAGGGCAAGAGCACGAGCACGAGCACGAGCACAAGCACGAGCACGGCCGCCGGCGCCGCCGCCGCUACUGCUCAUGUCGCUGCUGCUCCUUCAGCCGGCUCCGAGCAGCCAGCAGUCAACCACACUGCGGCUCCCGCUGCUGCGCAGAGCACCUUGUUCGGUACGCUCGACGCCGUGCCGCAACCGAGCCCUCGCAAGCAAGGCGACGACGAGGCAUCCUUCUCUGUGGCAGGCAUCGACAUGAGCUUCUUGGAGCGCGACGACGAUGACGUUGGCCAUUCUCUGAGCUCCAACAUGCUGCGUGGGCGUGGUUCUUCCACCUCCUCGGUGUCCUUGAGCUCGGUGUCGUCCGCGUCCUCCAUCAAUCCUCACGGUGUUCCGUCGACAGUGCCCGAUCCAGUUGUCAAGAUCGACGCGGAAGCCCUGAAGAACAAGGCGGCUCCGAACGUGUUGGAUCGGUUCCUGCUGAACAUGGUGACUUCGAAUGCAGCAGCUGGGCCCCAGCAGCCAAACAACGCUCAACCAGGUGUUCUUGGGCACGCUCCAGCCGUUGCUCGAGUUCCGCAGCCUUUUGGCUCUCCGUCCCAACAAUAUUCCGGCGGGAUGCCCACCGUUCCCGAGACUCCGCCGUCCGCGGCCAAGGCCGUCAUCAAGCCAGCGUUUGCCAGUGUGCCCACAUCGGUGAUCAAGCAAAUGUCCAAGAAGCCGAGCAGCAGCAGCCCGACAGGCAGCGGCGUGCCUCGCCGCGUGACGCCAGAUGCUGAAGUCAGCCAGUCGCCUCCGCGAUCACAUUCUCACCUUACGCAGCCGCCGCACGAGCAAGCCCAGUCUCAGUUUUCGGCCGGACAGCACGCUGAGAUGCAGCAUCAACACCAACUGCAGCAGCUGCAACAGGCACAGCAGCAGCAACAACAACAACAACAGCAGCAGCAGCAGCAGCAGCAGCAGCAACAGUAUCAGGCGCAACAGCAACUGCAACGGUCUCUCGAGUCGCAGCACCCGCUGCUCAUCAAUGGUCGAGCUCCCACCUCGUUGUAUCAUCCUGAUCCUCACGCGCAACAGCAGCAACAACAACUGCAAGCGCAGCAAUUGCAGCGAGAGCAGCUGCUUUUGCAACAGAUGCAAGUGCUGCAGCAGCAACAGCAGCAGCAGCAGCAUCAACAACAACAAAUGCACCAACAUCAGCAGCAAAUGAUGCAACAGCAGCUACAGCAGCAACAGCAGCAGCAAAUGCGAGACCAACAACUGCAACAACAGCAAAUGCAGCAGCAGCAAAUGCAGCAACAGCUACAGCAGCAACAGCAACUGCAACAACAGCAGCUGCAGCAACAGCAGAUGCAACAUCAACAAAUGCAACAUCAGCAGUAUCAACAGCAGAUGCAACACAUGCAGCAGCUUCAACAGCAGCAGCAGCAGCAGCAGCGCCGAGACAUGGCCAUGCCCCAGCAAGCUGGCAGACCUCCAUUCCCAUAUAAUCAACAGGCACAAUACUAUGGCCCCAACAACCCUUCUGGGGGAAUGCCUCCGCAGCAACUGCACCAGCACCCUCUGAGCGGCUACCCUCAGGCGAUGGGCGUCCGACCCCCUUCGAUGCCUUACGUCCAGCAACCUUCCCAGCAACAGCAACAUCCUUUCGCACAAAUGGGCUGGUUCCCGAAUGGACCAACCGGCAACUGAGCCAGAGGCCGAGGACUUGCGUUCCACUGUCGCUACGUAUUGGGAUUUUUUUUUUUUGAUUUGGGCAUCUGACCUGUAUCGUACAAGUUUUGUCAUUUUUGGCGAAAUGAUUUCAAUACAACUAUUCUCC